GGCCAUUUUUCCUCAAACACAAACAAGACGAGCAAGCGAGCUAUAAAAAUAUUCGCAGCGAAUGUUGGUCUGUAGAAAAUACAAUUAAUCAAACGUGGUUGAUUGAAGAUCUGUACAAUACUGUUGCAAGAGAGAACUUGGAAAUACAUGGGUUGUAGAGAAAUACAUGCCUAUGUUAUACAAAAUUGAAUUGAGCUACUUUUCAAUUUAAUCAACAACAAAAAAUUGCAUCUACCGCCUAGCGAGUUUGCAGCUGGCUAGCUGGCUACAUAGCUGGCUAGCUAGUGUGAUACAUCUGCAACGAAAGGUAUUUGCAAGAGAGGAGGAAGAGAUACUAUUUCAAACAACGCAGGCAGGGGAAGGAUCGAGAGAAGUGGAGUUGGAAAGAAGUUCCUGUUCUCUUCCCGUGCAUCUCUCGUUGACACUUCUGCCUCACCGUCAUUAUCAUGAUCAAGUCAUCUUACCGCGAUCAUUGAAAUUAUUGGUGCUAGUCUUAGUUCCCGUUUGAUUUAGGGAGCGUACGUCACAUUUCGCCAUUCCACCGACACCAUUCCCAGUUCCCUAAUUCUGAACUUGGCAGCUAUCAGCUCUGCGUUGCUAAAUUGUGACCAGAGCCCACCGACUCUAAACCACUGCACACAGAACAACCAAGUAGCCUUUAACCUAACAUCUUAUCAGGACAACACUGGUCCUAUCCUUUUGACAAGAAGCCUUGAGCUCCUGGGCAAAACAGGAGUAUGACUGCGGAGACUCUUAACUUCGGCCCAGAAUGGCUUCGUGCACUAUCCCGAGGGGGCCACAUGACCUCCCCCCCUACCUCUCCAGCAAUGCCAAAGUCCAAGCUGGCCGAUUACCGCUAUGGCCGCGAGGAGAUGCUAGCACUUUAUAUCAAAGAUAACAAGGUCCCAGAGGACAUGCAGGAUAAGGAGUUUGCUGCGAUCCUGCAGGAUGAGCCUGUGCAGCCGCUGGCUCUGGUCGCCCUCACAGAGGAGGAACAGAGGAACUUCUCCAUGUCUGUGAACAGCGUAGCCGUGCUGAGGCUCAUGGGAAAAGGAAGUGGGGCCGCCCCUGUGGGCGUGGCCAGGGGCCGCGGAGGCAUUCGAGGAGGCAGAGGACGAGGAAGGGGCGAUGGUGUGUUCUACCAAAGAGGACCCGAGGAGGGGGAAGUGGGAUUCGGACGCGGCCGAGAGGUGCAUCGCAGCCAGAGCUGGGAAGACAGAGGUGAGCGGCGCUUUGAGAAGCCAAUCAGGCGUGAGGUGGUGCGCCCCGCCUUCGAGGAGGCGGGUCCGCUGGGCAGGAAGGAGUUUGGGCGCGCCGACAGCGACAACUGGCGCAGCCUGAGGGAGGAGCAGCAGCAGCAGCUGCAGCUGCAGCAGCAGCAGGAGGAGGAGGAGGAGGGGGCGGAGCCAGGGGGGAACUGGAGGAUCGCUGGGUCCAGACGUGAUGACGGAGGCCCUCGCUCAGCCGGCUGGCGGGACCACGGUGGCCGCCGGAAGUUCGAGUUUGACUUCCGCGAGGGCGAGGGGGGCGGCGGGGGGCGUAGGCGCCGGGGCAGCGAGGGGGGGGAGGACGACAGGGACGGCCUCCCUGAGUGGUGCACCGACGAGGAGGACGGAGAGAUGGGAACCUUCGACGCCUCUGGAGCCUUCAUGUGUAUUAAGAAGGGUUUGAAGGACGCCAUUCCUGAAGACCAGGAGCUGGAGUUUGGGGCGUUGGAGGAGGAGGAAGAGGAAGAGGAGGAGGAGGAAGAGGAGGGCGAGGCCUGUCAGGGAAGCAAGGAAAACUUCUCAGAGAAAGAAGAGAGUAAAAACGUGUGUGAAGGAGAGGACACCCACAGGAGCCCUCCUCCCCCCCCAGCGCUGUCAGCCCCUCCCUGCCUGGACCUUCCUCCUGGCCGAUGUGCCCCCGAGCCCGCCCUGGCGCCCGUCUCCCAGCCCCCUAAAACCAGCCACCACGGAGGUUCAUCUCCAGGCGUUGGUGCCCAGCUUAGCCCAGACCCCCCCACGUCCUCCGGCCUCCUGCCUCCUCCCUCCUUUGCUGCGUCUCUUCUCUCCAGCGCGGGGGAGGCAGAGGAGGACGAGGGCAUGAAGCACCUGCAGCAGGAAGCUGAGAAGAUGGUGGCGUCUCUCCAGGACACCUCUCUAGAGGAAGAGUGCUUCACUCAAGGCCUGCAGGACGCCCGAAACCUCUCCUCUCACACCCACCCCCACCCCGCUGCCCACUCCCACCCCGCGACCCACACCGCCCCCCACUCCCACCCCUCCGGACACACCCUCCCCCUCUCCGCCAGCGCCCUGCCCCUCUCCAGCGAGGCGGCCAUGAAGUGGUUCUACAAGGACCCUCAGGGAGAGAUCCAAGGACCCUUCUCCACGGUGGAGAUGUGUGAGUGGUUCCAGGCGGGCUACUUCACCAUGACGCUGCUGGUGAAGAGGGGCUGCGACGAAGGCUUCCAGCCCCUGGGCGACGUCAUCAAGAUGUGGGGGCGUGUCCCCUUCUCCCCCGGCCCCUCCCCCCCGCCCCUGCUGGUACGACAGCCCCCUCCCCCCCGGGCCUCCACUGGGAGCAUGGACCAGGAGCUGUUGAAGAAGCAGUUAGAGCAGGCAGCUACUGCAGCGUUGUACCAGCAACUCCAGAUGAGAUUCCAGCACAUGAACAGGGGUGGAGAGUCUGGCCUGAUGCCCUCGAUGAACAGGUCAAUGUCGGUUCCAGAUAAUGGGUCCAUGUGGGACAUGCAUACCUCAGCCUCCCAAACAUCAGGUGAGGCCAGCCUCUGGGACUUAACCAUGAGUAACUCCACUCAGGGGCCGUCCCUGGAGCAGCUUCAGAAGUCUCAUCGUGGAUCCAAAGCGUGUCGCGGGCCCAGACCGGACCCCCAUCGCCCCCAGGCCAGGCGUGUGGAGCCCCCCGUACGACAGAGUGGGACCCCACCGAACCCCCAGACACCAGGAGGGUGUCCUCCAGGCCUUCGGGGGCCGCUGUGCUCCACCCUCCUAAGCCCACAGGCCACCCCCCCCGCCCCCUCCUCACCAGCAGAUGCCGGAGUGCCUUACAGCCCCCGCCCCCACGCAGGGCCCCGCCCCCUCCCACCGCCACACAGGCCCUGCCCCCUCCCACCGCCACGCAUGCCCCGCCCCCUCCACACUCCCACGCAGGCCCAGCCCCCUCCCACCGCCACGCAGGCCCAGCCCCCUCCCAACCCCCACGCAGGCCCCGCCCCCUCCCACCGCCACGCAGGCCCCGCCCUCUCCCACCGCCACGCAGGCCCCGCCCCCUCCCACCGCCACCCACGCCACGCAGGCCCCUCCCACGCCCUGCAGCCACGCCCCCUGGAGGCCAGGCGAGCCCAGGGGCGUCACGGCAACCACGGCACGGAACAUCAGAGCACCAGUGUGAGGGCAGAGGGGAGGGGAUUUAACUGCUGCCGAGGAUUCUGGGAUGGAUGUCACACACCGACCCCCCCUCAACGGCAGCCUUAGAGACGGAGGAUCGAAUCCCACCCCCCUCCCACCCCCCCCACAGAGAUCCAGCUCCCCCCACCCGGCGGGGGUCCUGGCCCUGGUGUGGGGGCUCCCCCAGCCCACCACCGGACACCCAAACGUGGGGCCCCCCAGCUCCGCCUGCUCCCCUGGGGCUCCACCAGGACCGGACUCUAGG